AUGGACGUUUUCUACUACGUUGUGUUUGGGGUUCUGGGCCUCGUCGUCGCGGCAUUGGAGCUUAGCAAGAACAAUAAGGAUCGGAUCAACACUUCUUCAGCUUUUAAUUCUUUCAAGAACAACUAUCUCGUCGUGUAUUCGCUCAUGAUGGCGGGUGACUGGUUGCAGGGUCCAUAUGUGUACUAUCUUUAUAGUACUUAUGGAUUUAGUAAAGGGGAGAUUGGACAGCUUUUCAUUGCUGGUUUUGGUUCCUCUAUGUUGUUUGGUACAAUCGUUGGAUCUCUAGCCGACAAACAGGGUCGUAAGAGGGCAUGUGUUACGUAUUGUAUUACGUACAUAUUGAGCUGCAUCACCAAGCAUUCUCCUCAAUAUAAGGUUUUGAUGGUAGGCCGUGUGUUGGGAGGUAUCGCUACUUCCCUUCUCUUUUCAUCAUUUGAAUCAUGGCUAGUUGCCGAGCACAAUAAGAGGAGCUUUGAGCAACAAUGGCUGUCUGUUACAUUUUCAAAGGCGGUAUUUUUUGGAAAUGGUCUUGUAGCAAUUAUCGCUGGAUUGUUUGGGAACUUGCUAGUGCAUUCCUUCUCUCUUGGGCCUGUUGCGCCAUUUGACGCUGCUGCAUGCUUUCUUGCUAUUGGAAUGGCUGUCAUUCUAUCAUCAUGGACAGAAAACUAUGGAGAUCCUUCGGACAACAAGGACUUGAUUACCCAGUUCAGAGGUGCUGCAGUGGCCAUUGCCUCUGAUGAAAAGAUUGCACUGUUGGGUGCCAUCCAGUCGCUUUUUGAAGGAUCUAUGUAUACUUUUGUAUUCCUCUGGACUCCUGCUCUUAGCCCGAACGAUGAGGAGAUUCCCCAUGGUUUCAUCUUUGCAACAUUUAUGCUGGCUUCGAUGCUUGGUAGUUCCCUUGCAUCUCGUCUGUUGGCUCGCUCAUCUCCCAAAGUAGAGAGCUACAUGCAGAUCGUCUUCCUGAUUUCUGCUGCUUCACUAUUACUUCCAAUAUUAAUGGCUUCAUUCAUCGCACCUUCCAAGGUAAAAGGUGGAGGAAUCUCUUUCUCAGGUUGCUUUCAGCUCCUUGGGUUCUGUAUAUUUGAGGCGUGUGUAGGAUUGUUUUGGCCAUCCAUAAUGAAGAUGAGAUCCCAAUACAUCCCUGAAGAAGCCAGAAGCACAAUCAUGAACUUUUUCCGCAUUCCUCUGAAUAUCUUUGUCUGCGUUGUCUUGUACAAUGUGAAUGCAUUCCCUAUCACGGUCAUGUUUGGAAUGUGCUCGAUCUUCCUCUUUGUUGCAAGUCUCCUGCAAAGGCGGCUAAUGAUGAUUGUUGACAAGCCAAAGACAAAUGAUUGGACACCUCUUAAUGAAAGAAACACAGAAGAAGAUCCCCUCAACAUUUGA